AUGUCUUUUUCUUCCAACUAUUCCGAAGCUGCAGAACGAAACAAGGAACCCAUUCGACAAAAUAGUUCUUCAAGGAGGAUUCUAGAAAUUGCUUCCGGAUAUGGGCAACAUGUGAGUCAUUUUGCUCGUUCAUUUCCGAGUUAUGAAUUUCAACCGUCGGAAUUAACUUCACAAAGUUUUGAAUCCAUUGUUGAACGAUGUAAAGAUUUGAACAAUGUACAAGCGCCCAUCAUUGUCGAUAUAAGUCAAGAAUGGGAAGAAGUUAUCAAUCAUUUGAAGGAAGAAGGUGCCAAUGGUUUGGACAAUUCAACAAAAUUUCACUCUAUUAUUGCUAUUAAUUUAUUACAUAUUUCACCAUGGAAAACAACACUCAUGCUCAUGCAGAACGCAAGUCAAUUAUUACAAGACAACAAUGAAGAGGGUGGCUAUUUAUUUAUUUAUGGACCAUUUAAUGUCAAUCAUGAAUUUACAAGUGAAGGAAACAAGAAUUUUGAUGAACAUUUAAAAUCACGGUGUGAGGAAUGGGGAAUUAGAGACGUUCAAGAUGUUGAAAAAGAAGCCAAUUUAUACGGAUUGAAAUUAUUAGAGAGAAUUUCAAUGCCUGCCAAUAAUUUUACUUUGGUAUUCAAAAAGAUGUCAACAAGCAAAAUUGAGUAA